UCUGCCGCCCGCCCGUCCGUCGCCUGCGACACUCCUCCGCCCACCAGCAGUCGCAAACACGCAACUCCUCCGCCGUCGACUCGCCUACCCGCCGCUGCGUCUCCUCCGCAUCCAGACCGGCCGCAAUUGUUGCCGCCGCCUCACCGCAGCUCCUCGCCGCACCGGUUUGCCCGCCCGCAGGCUCCUUCCCCGCCGUGCACGCCCGACCACCGGUGGGUCUUUCCCCGUCAGCCGCUCCUCUCGCCGGGCUCACCCGCCCGUGCGAUGGAGCCCUCCGUCAGGCUGGGAGAUGGGAUUGGAUCAUUGGAUAAGCACUCCAGUGGCAACGAGUAGCAAUAGCAGGGCGAGGAGGGGGCAUGGAAGGGGCCGCUGAUCUGCAAAGAGUGCUGGACAUGCUGCGCUCGGCGCGCAUGGAGAAGCAGUUCUGGCGUCUGCGCGCCUGCAUUCUGCUCCCGGAGCUGCGUUCCGCUGUCUCGCUCGUCCACACCGACGCCACCGUCUCCAGGGGGACAAGCCUGAAGCUCAUGUUCUGUGUCAAGUCCCUGGCCGCCCCCCUGCGUGAGCUGCUGGAAGAAGUGCUGCGCAUGGAGGUAAGAGCCGAGCAAUGGCACCAGGUGCCUGCUGCCCUGUACAGGUACCUCGUUUUCCGCUCGGACACCAUUCGUGAUCUAAGGAAGUUCUUACGCAAGUUCAGAUCACUGGCGUCUUACGUGGGGCUGGAAUACACUCCUCAGCUUCCUCGGAGGCAGGAUAGCUCCUCCUCGUCCGGCAGUGAUGGUGCCCGUGCUCGAGACGCCCUCCGAGAGCCAAUGGUGGGGAGAUCUGAGAUGCUGGAUAAGAUGGUUAGCAUGUUGCUCGCCGAUAGAACUGGUGACAGAGGGCUAUUGGUGAUGCCCAUUGUAGGGGGGCCUGGUGUUGGAAAGACUCGCCUAGCCAAGGCCAUAAUGGACGAUGACAGGGUCAAGCACAAGUUCCAUGUGCGGCUCGUGGUGCCAGUAACUCGGCAUUACUGCCUCGAGAGGAUCUUGAUGCUGAUGGUCUCCCCGGAGAGGCGUGCGGAUGUUCAAUCUUCUCCAGAAGCAAUGGCGAUCCACAUCGACGCCAUGCUGAGCGAAGGGGACUAUCUGCUUGUUCUGGAUGAUGUGUGGAGCGACAACAAAGGCAAGUGGCAGGAAAUAGGCACUGUGAUGAAGGCUCUGCCUUCGAAUGGCAGGGUAGUCCUCACCACCCGGACCCCUGAUAUUGCAGCCAAGCUUGCCACCAUUGUGGAAACCGCUGACACCAAGCCCUUCUACCUGCAGCCUCUGGAGCAGGAAUUCUCCCCUGCAUUCGUGGCUAAAUGGAUAGCCACAUGCCACGGUGACUGGCCCUCUGAGCUCGUUACACAAGCUGGCACGAAGAUCGCCAGUAAAUGUGGUGGCGUGCCCUUGCUAUUGAAUUAUGCGCGUCGUUUUUUCUGCCAACCUCAGGGCAUGCAGUUCUGGCAAGGGUUUCUAGGAAAUACUGAUAACAGGAUUCAUCCGGACAUGUUCUGGCGAGAGCUGCUGGAGUGCAUCGAUGAUCUUUCCCACGACAAGUUCUGGCAGCGAUUUCUGGGGCAUUCUCCUGAACAUCCUGCUGGUAAUCUAGUUUCGGAGAGUGCCUCUGCCAGCUACCAACAUCUCCCACCUGACUUACGGGGUUGCUUUUUGUAUUGCUCCAUGUUCCCUUCAGAUUACGACUUUGAUGUUGAAGAACUAGCUGAUCUUUUGGCAGCGGGAGGCUACAUACCACCCAUAGUAGCCAAAGCCCAACAGAAAGGGUUUCUCCAUCAGCUCCUUGAUGAGUGUUUUUACCCGCUGCAACAACAUGAAUAUGGAGACAAUCCUACAUACAGGAUGCACAAGGUACUGCACGUCUUUGCGCAGAACAUGGAAUGGAAAUUCAGUUCGAUUUUCAGAGCUGAUCAGGCAACUCAGGUUUCUACUGAAACUAGAGCUCGGAGUUCUAUUCGACGUGCAUCACUAAUUGUUCAUCCUUUGACUGCAUCGUUUCCUAGAAGCUUGUUUGAAUGCAAAGACUUAGGAGCGGUGGUGUUACUUCAAGAAAGACCAAUGUGCCCACCCGAGCAGAUGCAAUGUGAGAUUCCUCUAAAAAAUUUCCAGUCAUUUAAGUUUAUACAUACCUUGAGUUUUAGAGCUACUAAGGUCAGGAUGCUUCCUACUAAAUUUUUGCUGCCCCACCACAUGAAAUACCUCAACCUUUCGAACACAAAUAUUGAGAAAAUUCCCAGAUCAAUUUCUAGAUUGCUGUCUCUUCAAACACUCAUACUCUCACACUGUGAAAAGCUCCGAAAAUUGCAUAGGAACACAACCAAGCUCUCCCUGUUACAAAAGUUGGACCUAGAAGGCUGUUUCAAUCUUGUUGAGUUGCCUCGAGGCAUGAGUAAAAUGAGAAGUCUUGAGUAUCUAAAUGUUACCGAGUGCUCAUCGCUCACUCAGCUGCCCCGUGGGAUGGGCCAACUGAAAAGUCUACAAAUGUUGUUGGGGUACAUUGUAUCCUACACUGAUGGAAGUUCAAUGUCAGAGUUGCAAUCGUUGGCAAACCUCCAUAGGCUAAGUCUGCAAAGCCUUGAAAAGGUUUCAGACCUUUUAGAUGUAAGAUAUGCAAGGUUGCAACAUAAGACAAAGCUCGAGUCAUUGUCAUUGCGGUGGAAUAUGGAUGACUCAAAUAAUAACACUCCAGCUUAUGCAGUACUUGAAUCUCUUCAGCCUCAUCGACGUCUGAAAGCAUUGGAAAUUUUUGCAUAUCAAGGGAAGAAGCUUCCGUUAUGGAUGACAACCACUGAACCAUAUCUCAUGUCCCUUGUAGAGAUCAAGCUGAUUAAUCUGAGGUCAUGUGAAGAAGUAUUGCCUCCACUAGGGCUACUGCCAUGUCUGAAGAUUGCAGAGAUAAGUGGAACUGAAACAAUAUGCAGUAUCAAUGAUAAUUUCUGCGGCCAUAACGGCGUAUUUCCAUCACUGGAGAAACUAACUUUCUCGUAUAUGCAUAACCUUGAAGUCUGGGAACAGGGGCACAGGGCGGAUAUGUUUCCCCGUCUUGCAGAAUUGGCAAUCAUCCAAUGCCCCAAAUUUAGAGCAUUGCAUAUGGAGCUCCCAUCAGUUGAGAAGCUGAUACUUUGGAUGAGCAACAAGGUGCUGCAUGGCCUGAAAGGAGCCCUGCGAGGUGUGGCCAAGAACCUGGAGCAUAUAUCGAUUUCUUUUAGUGAAGAGCUGCUAGCUUCUUCAGACUGUGAGGGCCUGAAGGAUCUUGGUAAGCUCACCAAGUUGGACAUAUGUGGGUGCGACGAGCUGACAUGUCUCCCUCAGAGUUUGCAGUAUCUUUCCUCCAUCAGAAGCUUGGCAAUUGACAACUGCAGCAAACUGAAGACUUUACCAGAUUGGUUGGAGAACCUACCUUCUCUUCAAAUCAUGCGUUUGUCAUGCUGUCCUGUGCUAAGUUACAUCCCUGGAAACUUGCAACAACGUCCUGGCUUUAUUAUAUAUGUUGAGAACUGCCCUAAUUUACCAGAAGAACCUAUUCUCAAUUUCCCAGCACAAUCAUCAGGCAUGUUGACUCGAAAGCCUGAAGCUACUCGAGUCGACAAAGGGAAAGAAAUCGCCUCUGAAGAUUCUGCGUUGUCUGGACGAUGCACGUGAAGGCUAACUUGCACCAACCAUGAAGAGUGCUCAUACUCAUACCCCCCUCCCCAGUCGCCACCCCACCCAUCCAAAGAGAAAAAUGCCUGACUUCUGAAGACAACAGGAGAAAAACGGAGUUGGGUGUUAGACUUACUUUCUCGGUUUUGCAAUAAUCUUCUCCAAAUUGGCAGAAUCCCAGAUGGAAAUGUUACUGCAGCAGGGAUUCGUCAGCAGAUCUCCCGAUCGGCAUCAACGAAGAUCGCCUUCGAUGGAUUACAGGAUAAUUGUUCUUCUGAUGCUCUAGCUAUGAAGCACUUGAAUUUUGAAAAUCGAUAAUGGUUGUUCCGAUGCUCUAGCUAUGGUUGUCAAGAACCUGGGCGGUGUUCUCCGUUCCUUUCAUUGUAAGCACCUGACCUGAUUAACAUGGAAGUUCGUACAGAUUUCAGUUGCGCUGCUUCAGGUUCCCUCCUCGUUGAUCUUGUUCCAGAUAUGUACCGCUCGACGGAACCGAACCGGCACCGGCGGUCUAGGUAGACCUGCACCGCGUGGUCGCGGAUUGCUCCAUGCGGCGGCGGCGGCGGCGGUGGCGCAGGUCCGACAGCUCAUCUGCCUCUGGGACAUCGUCAUGGCUCCAGUGGCUGCGCAUCCUGCCGCAGAUGUGGAUUGCCGGGCGGUGGGAUGGCGAGCGCCGACGAGGCAGCACGGCGCAGGCGGUGGUUGUUGGGUUCGCGGCGGGGAUGCAGCUCAAAAAUCUCUUCACCUCGUCUGUUCGAAUACAGUUGGAUACC